GAUAUCAGCUCAAAUCCAAGUUGGAUAAAAAAUUAAACGGUUUAACAGAUUCUAGAAAACCAAAGAAAUCUGAUAAAUAAUAUUUUCAGAAUUAAAAAUGGAACAGUUUGCUCGGAAGAAGGGAAAGGAGGGAACUCGAGGCUCUAACUUGAUUGCCAAGGAAAACACAGAAACCCUGAUUUUCUACAGAAACAUGAUCUUCGGAGCAAACGGGGUCUACUUCGCCCUGAUGACGUUGCUGGGACGGAACUACUUCUCCCUCGAGAUCUCUAUGUUUGUGUUGACCAGCCUCGUUUACAUCUGCAGCUUCCAGUUCAUGAGGUCUAUGGGGAGUCCUAAGGUGGGGAGUAGUGGAGAGCUUCUAGAUCCUGGAGUAGAUCUAAAUAUGGUCGGAGGACUGGCGGAGCAUGCAAAGGAUUUGAUAAUAUUGACAGCUGGGAGUCAAGUCCUGAGUUUGUUCUGGGACUGGUUCUGGUUGCUCCUGGUCCUAGCUCCACUAAGGCUUGUGAUCAUGCUCUGGACUAACGUGAUUGCUCCCUGGGUGUUCCAGCCUGCAGAGGAGGACGAGCAGAGUGACAAGAAGCAGAAGAAGAUGGAGAGGAAAAUGAAGAGAAGUAUGCGAUGAUGAAAUUUUCUUAAUCUUGAUCUCGUUCAAUAGUUGUUAUCAAUAAAUUGUUGAAUUGUUA